AUGGAUCCCAUGUGCUUAGUCUUGCUUCUGGAGCCCCGCGAGAAGAAUUUGUUUACGACCUCUGGCCAAAUGCUGAAGUGCGCUCGCAUUGCCAAUGGUGCUAGCUUUCCGUAUUGUUCGGCAUUCGGUGUGUCACCAUCUGGAAUGCUCAUGGCGUGUGACCGAGCCAACAGCCGAAUGGUUUUGUUCCGUUUCGGGGAGGAGUCUGUAUCUGAAGAUGCAGUCAUCACCGACGAUGUAUUUGAUCGAAUGAUGGGCGAAAGCGGUGUUGAGAACGAAAUUCCACACACUUUCGAAAGGGCUGCCAUUUUCUUGUGCCCUACUGGUCCAGGAGCCGGAUGGCGCAGUCGCGACUAUCGUAGAGCACUGAAAUCAUUCCCCACGCCAAGUUGA